AUGCGGGCAGGCAGGUCCGGCGUGUCGGUGUGUCGGCGUGUCGGUAGAAAAGUACACGUGCCGGUGCACAGCCAGUGCACCCUGGCUGAGUGUGCGGGGGCUGCGAGACGGAUCAGACCGGACCGGAUGGACCAAUCAGAAGACAGCGCCGGGCGCCGCUUGCUCGGGCUCGUCUGCAACAUGGCGCCGGUGCGUCUUUUGUUUCGCGGUCGGGUCGCCUCGUCUCUCGCUCUCUCCCCCCCCACCACCCCCCGGGAACCGACGCUUCGGGCCGGGCCAACUGCUCUCGACCCGGUCGACGGCUCACUCAUUCACUCAUUCAAUCACUCACUCGCUCGCUCGCUCGUUUGCCACCUUCCACCGGCCCACUCUGCUCUUCGCAUCGCC